UUGAUCUUGGUGAAAAUGAGUUUGUUGGAAAUGUCUCUGCUUGCAUGGGAGAAAGAUUUUCAAGAAUAAAAAUUCUCAUCCUCCGAUCAAAUAAGUUUCAAGGUCUUUUAUCAGGGGAACUUUGCCACCUCACUUCUCUACAAAUCUUAGAUUUGGCUUAUAACAAUUUAUUUGGAAACAUACCAAGGUGUAUCAGUAACUUCAGCACCAUGAUGAGAGAGAGUGAAGUGGAUGAUGAUAUAGAGUACCCGUCUAAUGCAUAUAUUAAUUCAAGUUUUAUGGAGGAUGCAUUACUUGUGAAUAAAGGUGAAAUGGCUAAAUAUAAUACAAUUUUGAAAUUUGUAAGAAUGAUAGAUCUUUCAAAAAAUAACUUCUCAGGAGGCAUCCCUAUGGGAGUGAUGGAUCUUUCAACGUUGAAAUCACUAAAUUUGUCUCACAAUUCUUUGAUUGGUAGAAUUCCGGAGAACAUUGGUGCUAUGAGUUCUCUAGAGUCCAUUGAUUUUUCUGGAAAUCAACUUUCCGGUGAAAUCCCACAGAGCAUUUCAAAGCUGACAUUUUUAAGUGUCUUGAACUUAUCCAACAACAAACUUUCUGGAAGAAUUCCUUCAAGCACUCAACUACAAAGCUUUAGUGCAUCUUCUUUUACUGGCAAUGAACUUUGUGGUCCUCCUCUUUCUAAUAAUUGUACAGUGAGUGUUCCAACAUCCGGCGAUCAGAACAGAGGAGAAAAAGAAGGUAAUGAAGAUGAAGUAGACUGGUUUUAUGUUAGUAUGGCUCUUGGAUUUGUGGUGGGAUUCUGGAGUUUUAUAGGACCUCUAUUCUUCAGCAGGAGAUGGAGGUGCAUGUAUUUCCAAUUCCUGAGUAGCCUCCAAGACAAAGUGGGCAGUGUUGUAAGAAAAUGUAAUUAGACUUUUUGUGUUCCUCUUUUGAUCUGAAUGUUUGGAGCUUAUGUAUUUUGUAUUUUCUACAUAAGGAUGUUAUUAGUGGUUAUGGUAUUUGAGAUCAAUAAAUCAUAUUUGUAUUAA